AUGCAUGGCAAGUCCUCAGAGGUACAGUCGCCCACAAAAAAUGGCAAAAAUACCCAAACAGUAAAGGGAACUCAGGGCACCAAGCCACCCGAAGGCUUUAUUCUAACAAACACAGCACUAAACACAUACGUAUACGAGUAUCUUAAAUCCCCAACCGAGGAGACCUACAGCUUGCUGGAAAGCAUAAACGCCCCGCUUGCUGAAGAAAUAAAAUACAAGAAGCCAAAGAUGAACAGAAAAAAUAAAACAGUGCUGAAUAGCCUGGUUGGGUCGCUGAUUGAUACUGUAGACCUAAGCACAAUAGAAAUACUAGACGAAGAAAAAAGAAACAGAAGAAUAUCCAAUAAGUUUGAGCACCCGCAGAGCAUCAACGAUGGCCUUAUGAACAUUCUAAGUAGCAUAGUGGAUGAGUCAGAGACAAAAAAUUCGCAGCAAGCAGAGAACUACUUUGAGCUUUUGAAAAAGGUUGAGAAAAUGAACAGAAGCAACAAAGAAAAGAUAAUUCAAGCAAAAAGCGAAUAUCUAGGCCACUCUUUCUACUAUUCGCUGCUGGAGAAGAUAGAUAACAACAUAGAAACACUCUUCAAGAAAAUAAAAAAGAAGAAGAAGAAAGAGGAUGACACGAAUUACUGCCAAGAACUAGAGGACCUACUAGAGAAGAGAAAUAGGUUUAAAACCAUAUGCAAAGACAUACCAAGUGAAAUGGAAGAGAUAAAGGAAGCACCUCCAAUUGGAAUAGAGUCUAUUGAAAGUGUUUUAAGCGAAGCAGAGUUAGAGGCAAUAAAGGACCUUCUGCCAACCCCGUAUUUGGAGACAUGGUUAAAUUAA